ACAGACAUAAAAGACAUGAAAGUUGUAAGUCGAAGUAUGACUUUAACCGAACUUGGAAUGGAUUCCAUGAUGGCUGUUGAAAUCAAGCAAACUCUUGAACGAGAGUUUGAUAUUUUUCUCACUGCACAAGAAAUACGAACUCUUACUUUCGCGAAACUCAUAAAGAUGUCCGAUAGAAACACGAAUGACAAUAUUAUGGAUGACAAAGAGAAACUCGGCAUAGAGAAGCUAGAUAUUAUAAAAUAUCUAGUUGGUGUUGUACAAGAUGAAGAUUUCACUUCACAAACCUGUGUUGAUCUUUCUACUAAAAAACAGAACACUACGACUCAAGUAUUUCUCAUACCGGGUCUCGACGGAUGUGGAACUGUAUUUAAUCACUUAGCACCAAAUAUUGAAUUUUCAGCAACG